UGAUAAAUGAAGGGAAUAUCAAAUCCUAUCUAACUAAAAAUAAGAUUAGCUUUUUGCGUGUACGGUGCAAAUGGUCGUUUAAAAAGCUACUAGAUCCCUGGGGAACCUUAUUUAAAAUUCUGAUCAGGCAACUAUUAGACAUUUAGAUAUUUCAUGAUUAUAUUCUAUAAAUUCAUAUCAUUAGGUGAAUAUUACAACAUUCGAAUACCUCCAGAAAAUGAAAGAGAUAUAGAAAAACUCCAAAAGAAAAUGGCAGAUUUACACUCUACAAAAUCACAAAAAGUUAAUAACAAACCACAUUUGGCCAAUGCAAAACAAAGAGCUUCUACAGACAAUAAUUUAGAGAAUUCUUGUAAUAACAAUUCAAAACCUGCCCAAAGAUGUGUGGCUAGCGAUUUUAAUUUUUUGACAGUUUUGGGAAAAGGAUCCUUCGGAAAAGUACUUCUUGGAGAACACAAACAAACUAAAGAAUUAUUUGCUAUUAAAAUACUUAAAAAAGAUGUUAUAAUCCAAGAUGACGAUGUUGAAUGUACAAUGGUCGAGAAAAGGGUUCUUGCAUUACCUGACAAACCUCCAUUCCUUGUAGCUUUAUUUUCUUGUUUUCAGACAAUGGAUAGACUUUAUUUUGUUAUGGAAUUUGUUAAUGGGGGUGAUUUGAUGUAUCAAAUACAACAAGUUGGGAAAUUUAAAGAGCCUGUUGCCGUGUAA